UGGGAAUGCACUUCCCACCGCAUGCCGCAUGAGGCAGCAAUGCGGGGGAGUGAGUUUGGAGAAGUGUUGAGCGCCUACCCCACAGAGCCCUGUGAGUCACCAGGGUUCCGACGGCACGUGCCACUCUUGUCGGGCCGUGCGGUGCAGGCAGCGGAAUGGACCCCUGUCAAGCAUCAGCAGCUGAAGGAAAAGUACAUUUUCCUGGUUCGACAUGCGCAAAGCACUUGGAAUAGAGAGGUCGACCUCAUGAAGACGGUGAGGCAUCAGAAGCUUCCCGAGAUCUCUGUGAAGGAUGUUUUGUCCAGUGCAGCUCACAUUGCCACUCGAGAGGUGUGGCAUAGAGAUCAUCCCAUCUCGGAUGAGGGUGUGCUGCAAUCCCAGCAGUUGAGAGAAAAGAUCCGACUAGCGAGGUGCGAUGGCCCUGAAUCCUUCCAUGAAGUCGACGAGGAAGAAGAGAUGAGGUCAAGUGACGAAGAAGAGCGCAUACGCCGCUUCUAUCAGCACUUCCUGGAAUCUACCCAGUCGAUCUACUGCUCGCCUUUGCUUCGAGCACUGCAAACGGCGCAUUUUGCUCUCUCCGACCAUGAUGGCUGGGGCUCCAUCAAGUUGCUGAAGGAGGCACGGGAGCACUUUAACUUCAUCUUUCAACGGGAUUGCUUGGGCACGGAUUUCGGUUCAAAUCUUGUGGACCGGGCAGUGUCCAUGUCCAAAUCACUGGUAGAUGAGACAGAUCAGCGAUUGUCAGGGCGCCUUGAUGCCUCAGACUGCCAGGAGAAGUGGUGGAGUGAUGAUCCCGAAACGGAGGCAGAUGUGGAUCGCCGACUGCAAGAGCUCUGGCGGCGACUCUUAGAAGAGGACCCGCAAGACAGCUGCAUUUUAGUCACACACUCCAAUCUCAUCAAGGCGCUCCUGAUGAGAUUCGGGGGUGUUGAGCAUUCCCUUCUGGCUCUGAGAGCAGAGGCGCCUGCGGCGAAGGCGCAUCAGCUGCAUCGCCGUCGACGGUUGCCUCAGAAGAGGAGGAUGGAUAUCACUGUCUCACCUCUGAUCCCUUCACUAACUGGCAGCUAUUAGAUUCAGGACCACAUGACCUCCAACGGCUUAAGGUGGAGCGACUUCAGAACUGUGGUGUGCUUGGCCUACGGUGUGUUCUUGAGGCUCCACUUGAAGAUGGACUGGAGGAAUGGGAGGACCUGAUGCCUGUGAAUAAUGCGGAUGGACGAUGGGUAGCGAAAGAUGCGCUCCUCAUGUUCAACUCUGUGCUGGUGAAGUGAACCAAACGGCCGCCCGGGGCGAGGACCCGGGUCGGGUCAUGUGGCACUGAUUGUCCAGCCUUUCCCCAGCCUUUUGAGAGCAGCUCGAGCCAAAGAAGCUGACCUUUCUG